CGCAGCGGUGCAAAUCACGUGCACUUAGAGGUUGAACGGGUGGGGAGGAGCGACGCUGCAGCCGAGUGAAGCCGCGGCGUCGGGGGCUUUCUUCUCCCCACCCUUUUCCGCGUGCGCGUUGCCUGGUCCUCGCGACGGUGGCACUAGAUGAAGGAGCCGGCGGGAGGCCGCCCGGAGCCCCUGCCCCGCCGCCGCCACCCGGGCAAGAAGAUGGGAGCGAAAUGAGCCCCGAGCCGGAGCCGCCACCACCGCCGCCGCCACCACCGCCGCCUCCUCUUCCUCUUGCAGCGCCAGCCCGGGAAGCGGAGGUGGUGGCCUUGACCGUGGCGGCGGCGGUGGUGGAAGGGGAAGCAGGCGCAGCAGGAGGCAGCGGCGGCAAGAAGUGGGGGAGCCGGAUCAUGCUGGUGGGCAGAAUCGGCCUCAAGCCCGGCGUGGGCGCCUCGGUGAGUGGCCGGAGAGGUGUCCGCGGGGAAGAGACUGGGCGCAUUUCCUGGACGACGACUGGCUUUGCUAAGCAGGGUUUUGGUCGGCCAAGCGUAUACCAUGCUGUUGUUGUCAUCUUCUUGGAAUUCUUUGCCUGGGGUCUGCUCACAACUCCCAUGCUCAGUGUCUUACGAGAAACGUUUCCUCAGCAUACCUUUCUAAUGAAUGGCCUGAUUCAAGGAGUUAAGGGGUUUUUAUCUUUCAUGAGUGCUCCACUGAUAGGUGCUCUCUCUGAUGUCUGGGGAAGAAAAUCUUUCCUCCUUGUUACAGUUUUCUUCACUUGUGUUCCAAUUCCGUUAAUGAAGAUAAGUCCAUGGUGGUAUUUCGCUAUGAUUUCUGUAUCUGGAAUUUUUUCUGUUACAUUCUCUGUGAUAUUUGCUUAUGUAGCUGAUAUAACACAGGAACACGAGAGAAGCACGGCUUAUGGACUGGUGUCUGCCACUUUUGCAGCAAGCUUGGUGACCAGUCCUGCCAUUGGAGCACAUCUGUCUGCUAUAUAUGGAGAUAGCCUGGUGGUGCUAGUGGCUACAGUAGUGGCUAUUAUAGACAUCUGCUUCAUCCUGCUGGCUGUACCAGAAUCCCUGCCUGAAAAAAUGAGGCCACUUUCGUGGGGAGCACUGAUAUCAUGGGAACAAGCAGACCCUUUUGCAUCUUUGAGAAAGGUUGGAAAAGAUUCUACAAUCUUGCUGACUUGCAUCACUGUGUUUCUUUCUUAUCUUCCUGAGGCUGGCCAGUAUUCUAGCUUUUUUCUAUAUUUGAGACAAGUCAUAAGAUUUGAAGAUGCUAGCAUUGCUGCAUUCAUAGCAGUGGUAGGAAUUCUAUCUAUAGUUGCUCAGACUGUAUUUCUUAGUAUCCUAAUGAGGUCCAUAGGGAAUAAAAAUACAGUACUCCUUGGUCUUGGCUUUCAAAUGUUCCAGUUGGCCUGGUAUGGUUUUGGCUCUCAGUCUUGGAUGAUGUGGGCAGCAGGAGCUGUGGCAGCUAUGUCAAGUAUUACAUUCCCAGCAGUUAGUGCUUUGGUGUCUCGAAAUGCAGACGCAGACCAACAAGGUGUUGUCCAGGGGAUAAUAACUGGAAUCAGAGGCCUGUGUAAUGGUCUUGGUCCAGCUCUCUAUGGCUUUAUAUUUUUCUUGUUUCAUGUGGAACUUAAUGACUUGGCACCUGUCCCGAAUUCUGAUAAAACACCAUUGCAAGAUCCAAGUGAUGAGAGUGCAAUCAUACCUGGGCCACCUUUUCUGUUCGGAGCAUGUGCAGUCCUUCUUGCUUUCCUGGUUGCCUUAUUCAUCCCUGAGCACAGUAAAUCCAGCAGUACCAGAAAGCACAGCAACAGCAUCAGCAGUAUCCAGAGCAACAACCCAGAUCGAGGCAGUGAUGAGGACAUUGAACCAUUGCUGCAAGACAGCACUGUGUGAGAGUUAGAUUUUCCUCAUGUUAAUAGACUGCAAGCAAGCAAAAUCCAAAAUUCAUGCACUGAGCUCCAAAAUUGGAGCACGACUUAACUGGAGUGAGCGUUUGAUAUGUUGGAAACUUUGCACAUUUCACCCACCUUUAAGGUAUAAUGUCCAGUUGGGGCUGGAUUUCCAGCACUUUCUGUGUUUUUAUAUAACAGUCUGGUAAUUAUUUUUCUGUAUAUGAUGUGCAAAAACCAUCAAACCCAAAAUUAAACUGAAAACUUAUAUAGUUCUUGGAAAAUAUAAUCUUCAGACAGAAAUGAGCAACUAAAUUCUCUGUGACUGGAACACAGCCCCUGCCAAAGUAAUGUUCUCCAUUAUCCCUGUUUCCCUGCACUACCCCACCACCCUUCUGCAUAGUCUCCUGUAGCCUUCAUGUGUUUGCGAAAGAACGUUAUUGAUGGACUAAGGUAAAAAUAAAUCCCUGAAUCAAUAUUCUUACUAAUACGCUAUCUUAUACUGACUAUUGCAUUAUGACUUUUAGAUUAACUUUUGCAGGAGGAAUUGAGCCACUGCAUAGAAAUGACACCCUCACUCCUAAGGAAUGUAACUCAGAGGCAUGUAUGAAGGGUUCCAUUUGGAACCUGCCUAAAGGGCUUAGAAGAUGGAAGAUGCUACUGAUGCUCACUGAACUGCCAUUGUCGCCAGUUCAAAGAUAAGGACUAAUUUGUUGAAUGCUGAAGAAAUUUACAUUUAUUUGUGGGCAUUUAGUGCAUUAUUUGUCACUCUUCAUCUGCAGUUGAAGCACUCCACCCCCAUUUAUUUCACUCCUGCCUUAACUAUUUAGUGUGCAUUUGUUAUCCAUUAUCUAUUUAGCCUUCAUAUCAAUGCCCCUGAAGAAUCUCAUGGAACUGUAAUUAUGACAUUUCUUUCCAAAAGAGGCUUUAAAAGACCAUUUAAUUUCUACAAAUCAUGCUAUAAUUUUAGAGACAUUUUAUGAAAUUGCACAGAUUUCUAUGUAUUUUGCCGCAGUGGAAACCGACCAUUACCCAACUCAUAACAAAGUACUCUUAUGAAUGUUUUAUAUGUAUUGAAUAUAUGUAGAUAUUUGUAAGAAGUUUUACUUUUUUCCAGAUGAGGUACUGUGUAAAUCUUGUAUUUAUAAAUGUAAUGAGGGUGAUGACAGAUAUACAACUUUUAUAAAGGAUUGUGUAUUGACUGAACAAAAUUUAAAUAUAUAUAAUAUAUAUAUUUUGAAACUUGUUCGCCUUAUGCAAGGAUAACAAACCUUUUGUACUAUGCAGUUUGGUUUUUAAGUUAAUAGGCUUCCUAAUGCAUAAUAAAUUUGCAACCUAUAUUAUACAGGU